ACUAAUAAGCAUAUCAAGCAAUUAAUACAUAAAUCACAUAAUAAGCCAUGGCUAAUUCCGAUCUUUCAGUCAUUCUUCCUCGAGUCCUGAUCGUCUCCCGGCGCAGCCUCCGCAAGAACAAGUUUGUAGAUUUCGUUGGUGAAUAUCAUCUUGAUCUCAUAGUCAGUUACGGCGCAGUACCAGUAAUUGUUCCUCGAGUUUCGGGCGUUCAUACGUUGUUGAGAAGCUUCGAGCCCAUCCAUGGCGUCCUUCUCUGCGAAGGCGAAGACAUCGACCCGUCUCUCUACGAAGAAUCCGCCGAGGCCUCGGGUCUUUCUCCGCAAGAGGUGGAAGAAAUCAGGAGGCUUCACUCGAGCGACACCGCCAUAGACAGAGAAAAGGACUCAAUCGAGUUGAGUCUCGCAAAGCUUUGCCUUGAAAGGAACAUACCAUAUUUGGGAAUCUGUAGGGGCUCUCAAGUCCUAAACGUGGCUUGUGGUGGGACCCUUUAUCAGGACAUAGACAAGGAGAUCUCUGAGAAGCGUCCUAAGGAAAGUGAAAGAGUUGUGCAUAUUGAUUACGACAACUAUGAUGGACACAGACAUGUUGUUAAGGUUAUGGAAAAUACACCUUUAAAUGAGUGGUUUAAGGAUUCCUUGGAAGAAGGGAAAAUGGAGAUUUCGGUUAAUAGUUAUCACCACCAAGGGGUUAAGAAAUUGGCUCAAAGGUUUGUCCCUAUGGCUUAUGCACCGGAUGGUUUGAUUGAAGGGUUCUAUGACCCAGAUGCUUAUAAUCCUGAAGAGGGCAAGUUUAUUAUGGGACUCCAAUUUCAUCCUGAAAGAAUGAGGAAGCCGGAUUCCGAUGAAUUCGAUUAUCCCGGAUGCCCCUCUGCAUAUCAGGAAUUUGUGAAGGCGGUGAUUGCUUAUCAAAAGAAGUUGAAUAGCUCUACAUCAAUUCCGAACGCCGCAUUAAAGCUUGACGUUCGAGAAAUGGAGAAGAAGAGAAAAGUUAUUGUUAGAAGUUUCUCACUUGCUAGGAACCUUUACGCCACAGGGCAUGACAUGGAUCCAAUCAAAGAAUCUGAACUUGAAGCUGGAGCUGAAUUCCUUGAGUCGAAUACAGCAUUGAGUUUACAACAAGAGAAUAGAUUGAAGCAAAUGGGUGCAACGGUGAGAAAUGCAAAUUCCUACCUCAAGAAAUUAAAGUUGGAUGAGCAAAGGCAAAGCAUGGCAAGAUACGUGAUGGCGAAAAUGUCGGUAGAGCAGUUGUCAGAUCUCAUGUCUUUCUACCACAUGAUGGGCCAAAUCUGCUCUGAAGUGUUGGAAAGAAAGCUAAAUGACCUUGUCAAUAAUGGCCUUGGUUCUUAAGUUUGGGUGUUAAAACGGAGUACAUUAUACCGUCGUUUUCACUCACAUGAAUCUUGAUGUGUUGUGUGUACAUGUUGGCUGUCUUAAUCCCUGUUUUUCUUUUUCUUUUUAGUUAUUUAUUUUACAUUUUCAUGCAUCUUCUGCAAUGAAAACAUGUAUCUCUUAUUUCAAAAAAAAAAAAAAAAAAAAAAAAAAGAUGCAUCUCUUUCCGUCUUUUUCGUCAAGUUAAAAAAUUAAGAUGAAUAGAUGAUGUGUCAUAUUUUAUUUUAUUUUA